AUGGCUCCUCACUUCGUCUUCCCUCGCAAUCUUCAAGACCUCGAACAAGAUUCACCCGACGACAAUUCUCUCUCCGUCCAAAACCCCACCAACAUCGCUUCCCUUUCUUCUUCCCAACUCGAAGAAUUCGUCAAAGGCGUUUCAUUCGACCUCUCUGACAGAGAAAUCCUCUGCGUUGAAGACCAAGAUGUUUUCGACCGUGUUUACUCUCUCGUUUGCGGUUACGCUUCUUUACCUAACUUAUGUAAACUCAACCUUGUUGAAAGUCUCCGUUCCAACCUCGCCGUUCUUCUCCCCAACGUUGAUUCGCUUUCAAGGGCUUCCAACGAGGAAGACGCCCACGUUCUCAUUAUUGACCGCGUUGCUUCUCAUCGCAACACUUUUAAAAUUUACACUUACUUCCUUCUCAACAUUGUUCUCGCCGAAGAUUCCAAUAAUACCCCCAAGGUGGUGGCAGCUAGUGCCAGGAAGAAACAACCUGUCCAUUCGUGGAAUUGGGAGCCACUCAGAGCUCGGAUUCUCGGUCUCAUUGCCAGCUCAUUGGAGAUAAACCUUGAAUUACUUUUUGGUUCAUCUGACCCUGACGAAGGUUACUUGUCUUUCAUCACAAAAAAUGCAUUCUCCAUGUUUGAAAAUGCGGCGAUUUUAAAAGAUUCCAACUCAAAAGAUGCCCUCUGUCGCAUAAUCGGAGCCUGCUCCACUAAGUACCAUUACACGACACAGUCCAGUGUAUCCAUCAUGCACCUUAUUCACAAAUAUGAUUUUGUUGUCGUCCACAUGGCGGAUGCGGUCGCUGGUGCCCUAAAGAAGUAUUUAGAUGGAAGCCUUGCAACUUCCAUUGUUAGAGAAAUUGGAAGGAUUAAUCCAAAAGAUUAUGUCAAAGACACUGUUGGUGCUGAAAAUGUGGGGCGUUUUCUUGUGGAGUUAGCCGACCGUAUUCCCAAACUGAUAUCAACUAACAUUGGCAUUCUUGUUCCUCACUUUGGUGGUGAGUCUUAUAAGAUCAGAAACGCUCUUGUUGCCGUGUUGGGGAAGCUAGUAUUAAAAGCGUUUAAGGAUAUUGAUGGUGAAGCGAGUACGAAGAAUAUUCGGCUGCGUACUAAGCAAGCUAUGUUGGAAAUUUUGCUUGAGAGAUGUAGGGAUGUUUCAGCUUACACCAGGAGUCGUGUGCUUCAGGUGUGGGGGGAGUUAUGUGAGGAACACUCAGUUUCAAUUGGUUUAUGGAUCGAGGUUGCAGAAGUUGCUGCUGGGAGAUUGGAGGACAAGAGUGCAAUAGUCAGAAAAUCUGCUUUGAAUCUGUUAAUCAUGAUGCUGCAGCAUAAUCCUUUUGGCCCGCAGCUCCGAGUAGCUUCAUUUGAGGCAACAUUGGAUCAGUAUAAGAAGAAGUUGAAAGAGCUUGAGCCUUCCGAAGGUUCUGAUAAUGAAAACUCUCAUGAAGAAGAUGCAGUCCCUAUGCAGAAUGGUAGUGAUAGUAGUGUGCCUGAUGUUGGGAACUUGGAGCAGACUAGGGCCUUGGUUGCAUCGCUUGAGGCUGGAUUGAGAUUCUCUAAAUGUAUAGAGGCCACAAUGCCAACGCUUGUCCAGUUGAUGGCGUCAUCUUCUGCUACUGAUGUUGAAAAUACAAUUCUCUUGUUGAUGAGGUGUAAGCAAUUUCAAAUUGAUGGCUCAGAAGAAAGUCUCCGAAAGAUGUUGCCCCUGGUUUUUUCUCAGGAUAAAUCCAUCUUUGAAGCAGUGGAGAAUGCUUUCAGUACAAUAUACAUAAGGAAAAGCCCAAUGGAAACUGCCCAGAAUCUCUUGAGCCUUGCAACUGGUUCCAAUAUAGGAGAUUUGGCAGCUCUUGAGUUUAUAGUUGGCACCCUGGUCUCUAAGGGAGAUAUAUCUUCCAGCACAAUAUCAGCAUUAUGGGAUUUCUUUUGCUUCAAUGUUGGUGGAACCACUGCAGAGCAAAGCCGUGGCGCUUUAUCUGUCCUUUGCAUGGUAGAAAAGACAUCAACUGGUGUACUUGGCUCACAUUUACAAGACAUCAUUGAUAUUGGGUUUGGUCGUUGGUCUAAAGUUGAUCCUUUGCUGGCAAGGACAGCUUGUCUUGCUAUUGAGAGGCUUUCUGAAGACGACAAGACAAAGUUGUUGGCAAAUAGUAGUGUUCGAAUAUUUGGCAUUCUCGAAAGUUUAAUUACUGGCUAUUCGCUUCCAGCAAAUAUUUGGUAUGCUGCUGCUGACAAAGCAAUAACUGCCAUAUAUGCUGUUCACCCUACUCCAGAAACCAUAGCAGCUGACAUGAUAAAUAAAUCUCUCAGUUCUAUUUUUAAGGAUUGUGGUGGUAGUGACAUUGACACUAAUAGCACCAUUCCAAUCACAGUUCAUGAGGCAAAGCUGUGUAGAUGUUUAUUUGUCAUAAGUCAUAUUGCCAUGAAUCAUUUGGUCUAUAUUGAAUCAUGUGGCCGUAAAAUUCAGAAGCAGAAAAUUGCAAAAGAGAAAAAAAACAUUGAGAAUCAGAGUGCCGACAGUAAAGGCACAGCGUCAGCUGGUGGUACACAAAAGGAUAAUGAUAUAAAUGCCGAGUUAGGAUUUGCAGCCUCUGAGGAUGCUGCACUUGAUGCAAUGUUUGAAAAAGCCGAAAAGGAAAUUGUUUCUGGUGGUUCAAAUGAAAAGAAUUUGGUUGGUAUUUGUGCAACCUUUUUGUCAAAGCUUUGUAGAAAUUUUGGACUACUGCAAAAGUAUCCAGAAUUACAGGCUCCUGCAAUGCUUGCUUUGUGUCGUUUGAUGGCCAUUGAUGCAGAAUUUUGUGAUGCAAAUCUUCAGCUUCUCUUCACAGCUGUGGAAAAUGCACAGUCAGAAACUGUCCGUUCUAAUUGCACUAUUGCACUAGGAGACUUAGCAGUAAGGUUUCCCAAUCUUUUAGAACCAUGGACAGAAAAAAUGUAUGCCCGCCUACAAGAUCCUUGUGUAUCUGUAAGGAAGAAUGCGGUUCUGGUGCUUUCGCAUCUCAUACUAAAUGAUAUGAUGAAGGUGAAAGGGUACAUUAAUGAAAUGGCGGUUAGAUUAGAAGACGAAGAUGAGAGAAUUUCAAAUCUAGCAAAGUUGUUUUUUCUUGAACUUUCCAAGAAAGGAAACAAUCCAAUAUAUAAUUUGCUUCCUGACAUACUUAGCAAAUUAUCCAAGCAGAACCUGAGCAAUGAAUCUUUCUGCAACAUCAUGCAGUUUUUAAUUGCUUCCAUCAAGAAGGACCGACAGAUGGAAGCGCUGGUGGAAAAGCUAUGUAAUAGGUUUAGUGGUGUUGCAGAUGUCAGACAGUGGGAGCAUAUAUCUUAUUGUCUCUCUCAGCUAUCAUUUACUGAAAAGGGAAUGAAAAAACUCAUAGAUUUAUUUAAGAUCUAUGAACAUGCCUUGUCAGAGGAUUCUGUUAUGGAUAAUUUCAGAAACAUAUUGAACAAGGCAAAGAAGUUUGCAAAACUGGAACUUAAAACUUACAUUGAGGAGUUUGAGGAGAAGCUGACUAAGUUCCACAUGGAAAAGAAGGAACAGGAAGUUACUGCUCGAAAUGCCCAAAUUCAUCAACAGAAGAUUGACAGCAGGGAGAACUUUAACAUGGAUAAAGAUUCUGAAGAAUACUCAAAAUCUAAUACUUCAGAUGAAGCAGUUGGUGAAGUAGUUGAUCCAAGUAUUGAAGAGACAAACACUUUGUCUAUAAAUGGUAAACCUGUGCCAGAAGCAUCUUCUAGUGCCUCAAUAACUAAACCUGUGCCAGAAGUAUCUUCUAGUGCCUUGACUGAAUUGACUGAGCCAAAUCAAUUGGAUAUUGAAGUUCAAUCACCCAUGGUUAAGACAAGAGGAGCUCAACGAUCCAGAAUUAAAAAAAACAGCGUGAAAGAGGAAAAAGGUGAUAUCUCUAUCACCAAGAAAAGAGUUACUCGGUCUAGGAGGUAA